AUGGAGUCUCCCAACAGCACCUGUCACACGUGGACACACCGAAUCCAAGGGAGAAUUUUAACGAACGAUGAGACCUACUUCGAGUACUUCGCUAUGGAAGACGGCGACGAAACCAUUGUUAUUGGAACUUGCUCCGGCUGCGGUGCCGAACCAUGUGGAGAUCACCUCUUGCAAGGCUUUCGAGAGUGUGACCGGCAAUUGGAACGAUAUUGUCGAGAGGGGUUUACCGGAGGCGAAGUGACGGUUCGGUUUCUCAAGACACGAAACCAACCUCUCACGAUAAUGGAAACCACCCGCUGCCACGUCUGCUACAGUCGCACCCACCCAACAGCGAUGUGCCUCAGGCUCCUUGAUAGCCGUACCUGUCGUUGUCCCAUUUGCCGCAGCAGCCAGCACGACAUAGGCGACUGUCCAGAUUUCGACACGAUGAACCCCAGCCGACAAGUUCAGUUGCUUGUAGCGGAUCGCGCUGGUCUUCCCCCUCUGGGAAAAUACUUUCCUUGGUGGGAUUAUCUUCACCGAUGGAUGAAUGACCCUGUCUCUGAGAACAAGGUUCUGUCUGGGUUUGCGUGGUCAGCGAACUUCGCCAAGGAGAUCACCUUGAGAGAAGGUGGACAAUACGUCAAAAUACUUCAAGCUGUGUUCGACAAGGAUCUCGAUCGUUCACUUCUGCCGGUGGAUGAGACCACUCGCACAAUCAAUGGCGUAUACACCAACUUGUGGUGUCCUGCCAACGUUAGAGGAUGGGUUCACAGCGCCGGGUCGAGCAACCAGUGA